AUGGAGAAGCGGCUCCGCUCCUCUCUCCAAUCCUCCGCCGAAGAGUUUCUCAGCUCCGCCACCAAGCUCUCCCUCAAAUCCUCAAAGCCCUCUCUCAAAUCCCUAAUCCACAAAAUCAAACCCUCCUCCGACCUCUCCUCCUCUCUCCCCACCUCCCUGUCCCUCUCCAUUUCCGAUGCCAUCCGCUCCUUCCACACUCUCCUCCAACCCAACCCUAGAUCCCCUCGCUCUCCCCCCACCAAGCGCCCCCGCAGGUCCCGCCGCAGCUCCACGACCCGAACCAGACCCGAACCAGACCCGAAUCCCGAAGAGGAGAAGCAUCAGAUUCUCGUGAAGCUUCAGAUUCUCGCCUGUAUCGCGCAGCUAUGCGCUGCACAUCCGGCGAAGGCUUUCUCGCCGGAGGAUUUGUUGCCGGGAGUUCAAGCGCUUCACGACAAUCUGAUUGUUCUGGAGUCGGAUUCGACGCUGGUUUCGUUGAUUGCGAAUCUGUGCGAGCAUUGGUGGAAGGAGGAGUGUCCCGGCCGUGAAUCGCUGAUAUCUCAGUCGCUUCCGUUCUUGGUUUCGAGGUCUCUGACGCUUAACAAGAAGGCCGACGUCCUCAGAGCCUACGCCCUCCGCGAGGCCUUCACCUGCUUCGAUUUCGAAGACGAGAGCAUUGAGGACUUGAAGCUGUUGCUGAUUCGGUGUGUGAUUUCGCCUCUGUUUCUGAAGACAGAGGAGGGGAGGAAGUUUCUGGCGUUUCUGUUCGGGCUGAGUUCGCAGCUUUUGAAGGAGGUUUUGGCUGUGAUCAAGUCUCAGAUUCCGUUUGGGAGGAAGUCGAUGCUGGAGGCUUAUGGCGAUGUUGUGUUUCGGGGUUGGAAAGUGGCCGAAGAGGAGUUGAGGAGUGAGAUUGAGAAUGGAUUCUUGCAGGUUUUGAUUGAGGGAGCUGUACAUGCUAGCUCUGGUUCAUUUGCUGCUUCCAUUAGAAGGGUUUUGGGAGGGUUUAUAAACCAGAGGACCACUGCUGGUGUCGAAAAGCUUCUUUUCCGGCUCUCUGAGCCUGUCAUAUUUCGCUCUUUGCAGGUUGCGAAUUCUAAUGUUCGUCAAAAUGCGCUGCAUUUACUUUUGGACUUGUUCCCUCUUGAAGAUCCUGAUUCGACUAAAGAGGUCAAAGAUUCAUUGCUUGAGAAGCAGUUCUUUUUAUUGGGGAAAUUACUUGUAGAUGAUUGUCCUGAGGUUAGAGUGGUUGCGGUGGAAGGUUCUUGUCGAAUUCUUCAUCUGUUUUGGGAAGUAAUCCCUUCCCCUACCAUCACAAAGUUAGUUACUAAAAUUUUCGAUGAUAUGUCACGUGAUACAAGUCAUGAGGUGAGGCUUUCCACACUGAAUGGCACUAUGUAUUUGUUUGGCAACCCCCUUUGUCAUCAGUUUCUCAAUGUGCUUCUACCCAGAUUGGGCCAUUUGAUGAUGGACAAUGUCCUAUCAGUAAGAGUUGCCAUGGCCGAUCUCCUCCUUCUCAUAAGGGAUAUUCAAAAUUUCCAGUUCCAUAAGGUCGUGAAGUUAGAUGUACUAUUAUCGACCCUUGAAAAUGAUCAACCUCAAGUUGCUCAGAAAAUUACAAGGUUGCUUAUGCCAUCAUACUUUCCCUCGAAAGAAACUGUUCAAACAGCCUGCAAUCGUUGUACUACACUUGUAAAAAGGUCUCCAAUGGCUGGAGCAAGGUUUUGUGAAUUUGCUGCGUCCCAAGGGGCAUCUCUUAAGUCUCUGAUGGAACUUGUUAGGGUAAUGAUUACUUUGGUCUUGCCACCUAAUUAUCUGGAUGAACAACAAGUUGAGGGUGUACUUCGUUCUUCUUCCAACCUUUGCAACACUCUAGUUAGUCAGCCAGUUUUCAAGAAGGCACUUAAAGAAUUCUUGGAUGGUGAAAAGUUGAAGUGCUUAAUUGCUGCCGCACCUACCAGGCCUGCUCAGUCUUGUGUAUUCAACAUUGUAUCAACUGUCUCUCCUGAUGAUGUGGCUGGACUUCUUGAUGAAUGUAUGCACCUGGUUACUGAUUGUAGUGGUUUAUCCAAAAAUGUGGAGAAGCAAGCCGAAGUGAGGUCAGCUCACAAUAUGUUGCUGUCUUGUGAUGCUACUGAUGGUAUGCUGGAAGCUCUAACAGCACUUCUGCAGAAAUCAGCCUAUCGUUGCCAUAUUAAAUAUGGCAGUGAAAUUCCGAACUUGAGUGUUUUCUCUGCAAAAAGAAAGAAAUCUAAGUCCUCUGGCAAAAUGUCAGCUCAACGGAAAAAUGUUGGUGGAAAAAAAGUCACCAGCUUUGAGGAGGAUUAUUCAGUUGCGGCAGGAAUAGCCUGGCAAAUCAGGGACUUGCUUGUAUCUGUCAAUACGCGGAAGGCUGUAUUGGGAUCUCAAACUCUAGAAUCCUUACUUAUAUGUCUAAAGGUCAUUUCCGAAGUCAGCAUUCUGCAGUGUAUGCAUUAUGAAUGUAUGGACACAUUUCCUGUUUCAGCAUAUACAACUCUUGCGCUGCAUAUGUCCCUUCAAAAUGUCUCUUCCAAUAAGAAUGAUAGGACUGAUUUAUCAGGGUCUACUUUGCAGCAGAUCGAGUUGGAACAGGCAUUGGAUCAUGUGCUUAAUUGUACAGAGAAGCUAUGUGGAGUAGGCGAUUCUGGACAGUCUAGCAGAGUUCAUUCAGAAUCUAAGCAUACUAGUGAUAAGUCUGUGAGUCGUCGUGAAAAAAGGCACAGAGAACCUCAAACACAUGCCUCCAUUCCAAGUGAUAGUGGAAAUGUAUAUACUGAACCAAAGAAGUUGGUUAACAAGGUGAAGAUGCUUACUGCAGUUCAAAGGUUCAUGGUUGAUGCUGCUACAAUAGGUUUUGCCCCUCAAUCUCAGGGAAGAUGCUUAAGAUCCACAUCAGGUUAUAUACGAUGUGUCAAAUCUACUUUGGAGCAACAACCUAGUGAGCAAAUUGAUUUUGAGGAGGAAGAUUUGAAGGAUGUAAUUGUCUGUUUGAAAAGCUCCUUCACCUAUGCAGCAAAAUUACUCGCUCUAGCUCUUAAAGAUGCUACUGAAGCUUCACCACCUCCAGCAGAAGCUUCCGAUCUUGCCAACGAUAUGCUUGAUUUAAUCAUCUCGAUUGAAUUAUACUUGGGCUCAACCUAUGCUGGACAUAUGGUGGCAGCAGUGAAGCCUUGGGUUCCUGACUUGAUUUUGGCAUUAGGAUCUGGGCACAUUAUGAAACAGAUUAUGGGAGAAGAGACACAAACGAGUCCAGCUGAUCGCAUCAGAGUCCACUUCCCGUCAUGGCUCUUAAUUUUAGCCAAGACUGAGCUCUCUGAAGCUAGUGAAGUCCAGCCAGAAGAUGAAGGAGAUUCUGAAACUGAAGAGUUUCCUGCCUUGAAGAAAAUUCUCACAAUGAUUUUCACAUUGUUGAAAGCAAAUGUCAGCAUGCAGGGUGUGUUUGGGGCGAUCUUCAUGAUUGGUGCUGUAGUGGGGCUCGAGAAGAAAAAUUUUGGGUUGGUUUUAGGACUUCUACGGUUUGUAUGCCUGAAGGUAUUCAAGCAUGAUGACACAGAAUGGGGUGAUUUGAUGCUGGCAUUUCUACAAGAUAUUUACCCUCAGAUUGAGAGAGAAAUUGAAGAAGAUUGUGAUGAAGAUGGAAGGGAAAAACUGGAAAAGGCCAAGAGCUUGCUGGAACCUAUUUGGUUGUAUCAUCUGCAUGAAACUGGAAGGGUCUCUGUGAUGGAUGAUUAUUAGUUGGAAAAUAUGAGCCUCACAUGUAGACAAAGAGACUAGUAGGUGAAUAUGAUAUCCCUCUGCAUUCCUAGCUUUUUAUAGAUAUUUUUCUUUGGGAUAAAGCUUUUUAUGUAUAUGGUAUGGAUAAAAACAAAUCUCUGACCAAAUUCAAAUUUAAGAUUUGUUGCCCUUC